AUGGCUGAACAAAACGGAAUACACAACCUGUUUCUUGAAACUGCAACAGCUAUGGAAAUUGAAAAUGGAGAUGCACCACCACAAGUACAACCUCAAGAACGAGAACCGCCCAAGUGUUUAGUUACCAAGACCGACGAUGGAAGCCUAGAGAGUCAUCGUUAUUACCUUUCUCGCAGAACAAUUCUGGAGAUGCUCAAAGACAGAGGCUACUCUAUUCCAUCCCCCGAAAUUCAGCUCUCGCUUGAAGAAUUUCGUCAAGCUCAUGGCCAAUGUCCUGAUGUCGAUCGACUCCGUUUUACUGCUAGUCAUGGCACUGAUCCCUCUAAAAGGGUUUUAGUGAUUUUCAGUGGGCCAGGGGUUGUGAAAGUGAAUGUGAUCAGGAACAUUGCUGGACAGAUUGUGAAUAGAGACACUCUCACUGGUCUCAUUUUGAUUGUGCAAAAUCAGAUCACUAGCCAGGCUUUGAAAGCGGUUAAUACUCUAUCUUUCAAAGUUGAAAUUUUCCAGAUCACAGACUUGCUUGUUAAUAUUACAAAGCAUGUUUUGAAGCCAAAGCAUCAGGUUCUGACCGAUAAGCAGAAAAAAAAUCUCCUGAAGAAGUACAAUAUACAAGAAAAGCAGCUUCCCCGGAUGCUACAGACAGAUGCAAUUGCUCGAUAUUAUGGACUUCAAAGGGGGCAGGUAGUUAAAGUUACCUACACCGGUGAAAUCACCCAGAUGCAUGUUACCUAUCGAUGUGUUUGGUGA